AUGCCGGAGCAGAGCAACGACUACCGGGUGGUGGUCUUCGGCGCCGGCGGUGUGGGCAAGAGCUCGCUGGUGCUGCGCUUCGUGAAGGGGACCUUCCGCGACACCUACAUCCCCACCAUCGAGGACACCUACCGCCAGGUCAUCAGCUGCGACAAGAGCGUCUGCACCCUGCAGAUCACCGACACCACGGGCAGCCACCAGUUCCCGGCCAUGCAGCGGCUCUCCAUCUCCAAGGGCCAUGCCUUCAUCCUGGUCUUCUCCGUCACCAGCAAGCAGUCGCUGGAGGAGCUGAAGCCCAUCUACCAGCAGAUCGUGCAGAUCAAGGGCAGCGUGGAGAGCAUCCCCAUCAUGCUGGUGGGCAACAAGUGCGACGAGACGCAGCGCGAGGUGGAGAGCAGGGAGGGGGAGGCCGUGGCCAAGGAGUGGAAAUGCGCCUUCAUGGAGACCUCGGCCAAGAUGAACUACAACGUCAAGGAGCUCUUCCAGGAGCUGCUGACUUUGCCUACACGUGGUUUCCAGAGCGGUUCGGUUUUCGGAAGACGGGUGUCUGUCCGUCAGCAGAGCUGCCCGGAUCCGAGCGUGUUUAGCCUGAGGAGCUGCUUCGGGCUGCACUGCGCGUUCCCUGCUCCUUCGAGUGAAUUCGGGUUUCCCGGCGCCGCGGUGCCGGCUGUGUCGAGGAGCGAGCUGCGGAAAGCGUGUCCCCGGGAAGAGCUGCGGGAGCUCUGA